AUGGGAGGAACCGGCCCCGGGGAUCCCACUAGCUCUGCCGACGAGGUUCCUCUAAUGCAGAUCAUGGAGACCCAAUUGACACCCGAUCCAUUUGAUAACUAUGAAGAGGACAUGGAUGAGCCGAGGAAUGACGACGCCAUCUCAUUUUCAAAGGCAGACGUGGAUCAGCGUAUGCUUUACAGCAUGCAAACUUCAACCGCCUCAUUUCCUUGGGCGGAUCUGAGCUCUUUGCUAUCAUCAGAUGAGGCCUCAGUGAACCAAGCUGACCGAGGCUUGGCUUCGGACUUCUUGUUCACACAACCCACGGAGUUAACCAAUACCGGGUCGCAUUUGACUUCGCUCCCGACCAAUGAUUCACACUCAAGAAAACAGCUCGCAUCUUGCACCUGCCUCUGCAGCGUAGCGAAGCUUCUAGAAGAGCGAUACACAUGCAGGGAUUCCUCCGAAAUCGACGCGCUUCUUCAACGCCUCGGACAGAGUAUCAAGAUAUACUCGCGGGUGCUGGCAUGCGUGAGUUGCGACAUUUGCAUAGACCAUGCUGCGCUUCUCGCAGCCACUGCAAAACAACUCGUUCCCACAGCGGAGGAAGUAUCGACUAGGCUUCUGGCGCUCCAGGAGCGCCGGGGUUAUGGAAACGAUCAUUUCGGGAGCAGCCGGCCUGCUGGUCCCGGCGACGUCGUGAUUGAUAUUGGAAAUUAUAGACUAGAUUUACGUCAUUUAAAAACUCGGCUUCUCUACAAAGCCAUUCAGCUUCAUUUUGAAGACCUGAAGAAGGCCUUGGGAUGUAUCAAGGUUCGGAUCGCACCGAUGAGAGCCGCAUGGGGUAUUCUCAUCGAGGUGGAGCAAAAGGUUGACAACGUCAUUUGGGUGAUCGAGAAUCUAUCUGAGUAG